AGCUGCGGGCGCCUGCGCAGUGGGGAGGGCGGCGGGCGCGUUGAGGGGCUGCCAGUGGUCUCUCGAGUGGGCUGGAGCGUGGCCGCGGCUGCUGUCUCCGGACGGCCGCACCAUGGCGGAGGAGGAGCUCGAGGCGCUGAGGAAGCACAGGCUGGCCGAGCUGCAGGCGAAGCACGGGGACCCUGGCGAUGUAGCACAACAGGAAGCAAAGCAAAGGGAAGCAGAAAUGAGGAACAGUAUCUUAGCCCAAGUUCUGGAUCAGUCAGCCCGGGCCCGAUUAAGUAACUUAGCACUUGUAAAGCCUGAGAAAACUAAAGCAGUAGAGAAUUACCUUAUACAGAUGGCACGGUAUGGACAACUAAGUGGGAAGGUAUCAGAACAAGGCUUAAUAGAAAUCCUCGAAAAAGUAAGCCAACAAACAGAAAAGAAAACAACAGUUAAAUUCAGCAGAAGAAAAGUAAUGGACUCUGAUGAAGAUGACGAUUAUUGAAUUUAAGACGUCUAGAGACUGGAACUUAAUGGAGCAAUUCUAGGACAGAUAACACUUGGCUGAAGUUUAAGAUCUUGAUGGGAUGUUUACUUUGUUUACUGUCUAUAUGCCUUUUAAAAAUAAACUUGUUAUGCAAAAUAAA